AUGUCGGAUCAUGAAACAACCACGUUAGACGUCCGCGAUGACGAGAAACUCGACGACCUAGAGCAAGGUGCAAAGCCGUCUGACAACAACACCCGCGUCAGCUCCUCGGCAAGCACCGCACGGGAAGAAGCUGGCCAAAAGAACGCAAAUGCAUCUGCUCCUGCUGAUGCAAACGGAGCAGAAAACCCGGCCGAAGGUGCCGCUCCAGCUCCAGCUCCAGCCCCAAAUAAGGCGGAAUUCGAAACAGGACGAACGCAGUUUGAGACGACCGUUAUCGUUUUCGCGCUCUGCUCGGCACUUUUCCUCGCGGCUCUCGACGUCACCAUCAUCACGACCGCGAUUCCGACCAUCGUCGAGCAGUUCAAGUCCCCGUCGGGAUACACGUGGAUCGGCGCGGCCUAUUUGCUAGCGAAUUCAGCCACCGUCCCCAGCUGGGGGAAGAUCUCCGAUAUAUGGGGGCGUAAGCCGGUGCUCUUGGCGGCCGUGGGCAUCUUCUGGAUUGGAUCGCUCAUAUGCGCGUUGAGCGUCAACAUCGGCAUGCUGAUCGCCGCUCGCGCCAUUCAGGGCGUGGGUGGCGGCGGUAUCGUCGUACUUACUAACAUCUGCGUCGGUGAUUUGUUCUCCAUGCGGAAGCGAGGCAUGUACUACGCGUUCUUCGGAAUGGUCUGGGCUAUAGCUUCUGCCAUCGGGCCUAUCCUCGGAGGCGUCUUCACAUCUAAGGUCACCUGGCGUUGGUGUUUCUACGUGAACUUGCCGAUUAGCGGCGUUGGCUUCUUCAUACUGCUCUUCGUCCUCAAGUUACACAACCCUCGCACGCCGGUUUGGCAAGGUCUCGCCGCCAUUGAUUGGUUGGGCAGUCUUCUCAUUAUCGGCGGAACGAUCAUGUUCUUGUUCGGAUUGGAGUUCGGAGGUGUCACUUACCCGUGGAAUUCGGCACCAACCAUAUGCCUGAUUGUAUUUGGUGUAGUGACGGUUGGAAUAUUCAUCGCGGUCGAGAAGUGGUACGCCAAGUACCCUGUCAUACCCCUUCGAUUAUUCAAAUUCGGGAAAAAUAUAUCGACUUUCGCGAUCUGCAUGGUCCACGGUUGUGUCUUCAUAUCCGGAAGUUACUAUUUGCCACUAUAUUUCCAGGCAGUCUUGGGCGCUUCGUCGCUUCUUUCCGGUGUUUACUUGUUGCCGUAUGUGCUUGCGCUAUCUUUCUUAUCAAUCGGCUCAGGCCUGUUCAUGAGGAAGACCGGCAAAUACCUUCCCGCCAUCAUCUUUGGCAUGUUCUUCUUGACGCUUGGGUUCGGCCUGUUCAUCGAUCUCGGUCCCAAGGCCAACUGGGCCAAGAUCAUUGUAUACCAGAUCGUCGCAGGUAUCGGUGUAGGACCGAACUUCCAAUCGCCACUCAUCGCGCUUCAAACAUCCGUCGAGCCCCGCGACAUCGCAGCGGUGACAUCCACUUUUGGUUUCGUCCGCCAACUUUCGACGUCCAUAUCCGUGGUUAUCGGCGGCGUAGUAUUCCAGAACGGGAUGCAGAGACAGUACCCAACCCUUCUAGCCCAGCUCGGCCCAGAACUUGCCUCGCAACUCUCCGGCGGGAGCGCAGGUGGUAAUGUUGCGCUAGUCGCUUCGCUACCCGGCGAGCAAGGCGACAUAGCCCGCGCAGCCUACUGGAACAGUCUGCGGGAGAUGUACAUCAUGUACACAGCUAUUGCCGCGGUGGGACUCAUCGUAAGCCCGUUCGUCAGCCAGAGAACGCUCAGCCGGGAGCACCAGGAACAUAAGACGGGGCUCCAGAGUCUUCGCCAGAACGGCGAGGGCGGCGCAAAGGCCGAGAAGACCGAAGAAAAGAAUGGUCAAUAG